AUGCGCGCCAAGAAAAAGCUCACGAACACCGAUCCAAAUGCCAUCCUCCAGCAGCUACUCGCUCACAUGGUAGACCACAAGAAGCUCCUCCAUGGAGCACUUAACAAAAUUGCCCUGGAGUUUCAUGUACACCGAUCGACAGUGCAACGCGUCUGGAAGCGCGCCUGCGUUGACUUGAAUCACGCCACACGACCAUGUUCCGACGUAGCAUCACGUAAAAAGGGCCACUGUGGACGCAACCUCAAGCACCAAGAUGUUGCUGUCCGCCUGCAUGCCAUACCAAAGAGCCGCCGCACAACGUUCCGCUCGAUCGCCGCUGCAAUGCUAAUGUCCCUGCACGACUACUACCGCCGUGGCAUCUUUGUCAAGUACACCAGCACUGUCCGGCCGAUGCUCACUGAGGCAAACAAGGCUGUUUGA